UACCGAUGGCGUUCUACCCAACUGCCAAAUCAAAUGCGAUGCAGAACCCUGUAAAAAUGGCGGAAUUUGUCGAGAAAAUUUCGCCAAGCAAGAAUCGAAAUGCGACUGCGAACAUACCAGCUUUUUGGGUGAAUUCUGUAUGGAGGAGAAGGGUGCCGAUUUCAGCGGCGAAUCGACGCUACAAAGGAAAUUCGAAUUAAAUGGCAAAGUCGACUAUGUCCGUCUACAGUUGGCAUUUUCUUCGUUGGAUUUGCGACGUGCCAAUCGUGUAAUGCUGCUGUUGCAGACAGCGGCUGACCGCAGCUAUUAUUUGAUGAUAGCCAUAACGGCUGAUGGUUAUUUGCUAUUCGAAGAAGACCGUGAAGGACCGGCGGUGGGUGCACGCAUCGAUCGUAAUUUCCUGAACAAUGCACGACACUCGAUAUACUAUCAGCGUAAUUUAACGGAGGCCACAUUGUAUAUUGACCGCGAACCAGUGCCAUUGGCACCGAUUAGUGCGAGAGCAUUAACACCAUCCGCAGAUAUGGGUGCUAAUCGUGUACAAAUCGGUGGUAUUAAUACAACAGAUACACGCUUUGCUGUAUUUAAGAGUUACAGUGGAUGUUUAUCAAAUAUCUACAUACAAGUCAACAAAUACAUAAUGAAACCACUCGAGGAAUACAUGCUGUUUACAAAGUCCGGAGCAGAUAAUAUAACUGUCAUCAAUCCACAGGGUGUACGCAGUGCCCAAUGUGUGGCCAAAUUCGAUAUAAGCGAACAACCAUCGCAGGAGCCAAUGGUCAAUGUCAGUAUGAGUGCCGAUAAUUGGGUGGAGGAGCCACCGCAACGGAUACCGUACAUUGCCAAAUAUGUCUACGAUGUCUCUACGAAGGAGGAUUCCACACAAGUGGUUUUCAUAACGCUCACCUCCUUGUUUGUCAUCAUUGUCAUUUGCUGUCUCAUUGAGGUCUACCGCAGCCAUUUGGCCUACAAAAGACGCAUCGAACGUGAAACGGAUGAAGACAUUAUCUGGUCGAAGGAGCAGGCAACCAAGAUGCACGAAAGUCCCGGUGUGGGUGGACAGCCGUAUGUUUACAAAGCCUUGCCGGUCGACGAUAAGAAACCAGGUAACGGAGCACCACUGGUGGGCAUACUGAAGAAUGGCAGCAUCAAGAGGAACGGCGAACUUGCUCUGUCACAACUGGAGCCACGCAUUGUCGAAGAAGAUGAAGAAGAAGCCGAAGAUAAGGAACAGCAACAGCAGGAGCAGCAGAAGGGGGAGGAAACCAAAAUUGAAAUAAAUGAAAAAAUCAAUGCCAAAGAAAAUGCGGAAGAUAAGACGACAGCCAGUGGUGGUAGUCCACAGCUGACAAAUGAUAACACCACAACCAAAGAACUAGAAAAUAAAGAAGAUGAUACCAAAGCAGAAAAAUUAGACGAAGGUAAAUGA